AUGCCUCGCUCCUUUGUUCCCAACACUCAAGAUGACUUGCCCUUUACCGUUCGACCACCUUAUCAGAAGCCGCGGCAAAUUGACUUAGUAACUGCGUCUCCCGGGGCCUCUGAGGAAGAAGACUUGCACGAAAAGAGCGACAAAGGCUCAGAAAGCGUGACCGAGGCGACUCACCUCGCAUCCCCUGGCUAUCCCUCCGGUGUUCGGUCAAGGGAGGCACCAACUUUAACAACGACACAGGCAAGGUCAAUCUCGGCCACCAAGCAGCCUAAACUACACAACUCCUUGGGAGCCGACCGCGAUCAUGUCAACGUCCAAGACGAAGACGUCUAUUUCGUAGACGGCGACGAUUCACCGCAGGGUCGCCGUAACCAUAGCUCCCCGAAAACCGACGUCAACGGAAACCAGUUGCCCGAACAAGCCAAUGUCGGGACAAAGGCUCCCAGUGGUGAACCUACCAAGAGCCAAGACGACGACGAUCCGAGUACGCGCGAGCAGCAGAUUUUCCUGCCACCAGCAGCCGUUCCCAUCGAUUCGGCAGGAAACGGGAGCCACAAUUCUGACGUGUCCGAUGACGAGCUUUCCGUAGAAGGGCCCGCGGCUCCUGAUCCGACCAACGAGGCGACGGGACCCGAGUUCUCUCGUCCCAUGCCGCUGUGGCCGUUCCUGGCACCGCUAUUGCUUUUGCUUUUCCUCCCACCCGCGGUUUGGUGCCUGUUGCGGCCUGAGAAACUUCCGCCGCCACCGAUGCCGCCGCCGCCACCGCCGCCAGUGCCGCCGUCAUUCCACAGCUGGGGACGUCCUUCCUACUAA